GGAGCGUACUUGAAAGCUACUUCAGAGCACACCUUUGGUCUCAAACGUUACAUCUACGUUCUUCGAACAUGGUCGCCCGUCAAACUUACACACUCUCCGACAAAUUACAAUAAAGAGAUUUCCUUCACUGACAAUGGCCUUCCACCAAAUUCCGACGACUACACCACUCUCGUCUUCGUUCACGGCUCUUGCAAUGCAUCUCAAUCUCCGUAUCGUCCUCUUGGAACGACCCCCAUACCGUUCGACGCCAUACACUGAGUCGGAGCUCGACGAUCUCAAGCAAGACCGGAAAAUCUAUCUGGAUAGAUUUGGCGCACAUCUAACAAUGGGAUUCAGAAGGAGAAAUCGAAGUGUGGUUGGUUUUUGAUUUGGUCUUCAAAUUAAAGAUCGCGUAUGAAGGCAGGAGAGGCCGAAAAUUGAACAUUGCAAUCCAUCGUACUAACCACCCAGACGGUCAGUAAGGACGCGCAAAGGGCCAGGACACGAGGAAGGCGCACUCGAGUCAAGUGCAAUUGAUGAAACUUCGUUAGGCUCAGUACUUCGCCAUCCCGCUACUGGCGGCGGCGCCUGCAAAGGACUCUUCAGGCCUAAAGGUCUCAAGACUCGACGAGUCGAUGAUGUGCGAUGAAUGAACACAUCCGAGGUCGAUCGUCGUGAAGAGUGUUCUCAAUGGCCUAAGGAUACUCUAGUUCAAUGCAGUUGUGAAGGAUG